GCUCUCACCUACUACAGUACGAGCAACCCAAUGCCAGACACGAUGUAUACAGCAAUCAUCACGCCCAGCCGCAUCAGUAUCGUCAAGCCUCGAGGCAGACCUUGCAAAUCUGCGCCUCCCUAAGGCCGUUCAGGCAACAUAUCUCAACCCUUUAAAGCGGAGCAGAGCAAAAGGAUAUCGAGACCCAGCAUGCGAACUGCACCUCCAUUCGUACAGUGUACGAAACUUGGAAAUGUUCGCCGACUUCGCUGUACGAUCAGCAUAUUUCCUUAACCUUUGCGCACGCGGACCAUCGCCUUUACCCAGAAAGACCGAACGAUGGACUGUACCGAGAUCGAACUUCGUCCACAAGAAAUCGCAAGAGAACUUCGAGCGAAUUACGAUGAAGCGUAAGAUCACCAUUCUCAAUGGUCAUCCGGAUACCGUGGCUAUAUGGCUGGCCUUCUUGAGAAGACAUCAAUACUACGGCAUUGGAAUGAAAGCCAACAUAUAUGAGCACGGGGAUCUUGAUGUAGCUCAGGAUCUGGACAAGGAGGCCGAGCGCCUGGGAAAGAUUCUAGGAGAGAAGAAGCUGCUACCGGAGCCAUCGAAGCGUGAGGAGAUGCAUGGUCCUAUGAACAGCACUUCUGUGCUUGACGAAUCAUUCAAGGCGCAGUGGGGAGCAUAUGCGGCGAUGGGAGGAGCCCCUGGUGCUAGUAGCGCUUUGCAGAGAAUUGAUAUGGUCAAGCUUCCUCCCCCUGGAGCGAAGAAAGCUGUUGGGUACAGUCGGGCACGAGGACAUGAGAAGGCAGUGUACAAAAGUCAGUAAGCGAAGCAAUACUUGAUACCCGUUAUGGACACAAAGAUCCAUCAAAGUUCUGCACUCUGCAUUUUAUCACUCCG